AGGUGGAGCUGCACGCGUUGCGCGGCUUCGGGUACAUAACGUACGAGUCGGUAGAGGCGGUAGACGCCUGCCUGGAGAAGUACGAGGACCCGGACCACCACUUAUGCAAGAAGUGGGUUGAGGUGAAGAGGUCCAUACCCAGAGAGCUGAUAGACGCCUACGAGCGCGAGCAGAGGCGCCUGCACGCGGAGCACCUGGCCGCCGCCGGCGCCCCCGCGCCUGGCGCCCCCGCGGAGGCCCCGGCGAAGCCGGAGCCCGCCGCGUCGCCCUCGGCGCCCGGGCCCAGCAGCUCGGCGCCCCGGCGGGCGGGGGGCGGCGGCUGGGGCUCCCGAGGAGCUCCCGCCGCGGGCGGCUCCGGCGACCUGAGCCGCAUCGCGCAGCUGGAGGCCAUGGGCUUCUCCGGCGAGGUGGCCCGGAAGGUGCUGGCGGAGUGCGCUUGGGACGUGAACGCGGCGAUCGACCGCCUGCUCUUGUCCGGCGCCGAGAUGUCUAGCGAGCCUGCAGGCGCAGGCGCCCCGCCCGACGAGGCGCCAGCGCCCGUGCCGGCUGCCGCCGAGGAGCGCGCGCCGGUGGCGGAGGUCGCGGUGGCGGCGGUGCACGUGGAGGAGGCCGAGGAGGAGCCGCAAGAGCCGGCGCCCGCGGGCGCCGCCGCCGAGCGGGCAGCAGGCGCCUCCCCGACGGACGCCGCCGCCGCAGAGCCAGGCG